AGUUUCUUGUUUUGCUUGGAGAAACCCAAUCUUGCAGAUCCACAAUUUGAGGAUCCAUAAUGAGGCUGAGGAAUGUCCAAGUUGCUGCACAGGAUAGAACAGUUAUUAAUUCUGGACAUUAGAAAAAAUAUAACAAAUUUUGGUGAUGAGACAAGUUGCAUAGGCUGAACAGCACCAAGAUUCAAGAGGAUGAAAUAAAUCAAGUAAUUGGUUAGUGCUACCAAGCUUAAGAGCUUGUAGAUUGCAAUAGGAGAAGUGUGUGGCGGGGGGUAAUUGCAUCAAUGAGGUCUUGAAGGAUAUUUUAUUUGGUUUGUAUGUAGAUCUUGCUAUGAUUCCGUGAGGAGCAGUAGCAAAUUUCAAUGAAUGUUUUUGUUUUUAUGGAUUAUGCAUUUUUUAGUGUUGUAGCUUGUAGUUUUUACCUAAAGAAUGAGCGUAGUUCAUACAAAUUUAUUUUUAAUCCUUUUGCUUUAUUGCAGGCAUUACUGAAAUUUGAGCUCUGGACUCUGAAGACACCAAGGAAAGCAUUUUUACUGUGCCGCAGAGGGGGGAAAAGACUGCCAUGAACAUUCACUUUUGCUUUUUGAUUUUAACGUGGUCUGUUCUAGAAUAUUAACUUCAGGUUUCAAAAAUAUUUACAGGCUUGAACUUUUUACAGGGAGAUUAAAACCUUUAUGUACAUUUUUUUAAUACAUAGUUUUAGCUACAGAAAUAUUUGGAUUUGUUGAGGUCGAUGUGAAAUUUAAAUUUAUAUUGUGAUGCCGGACAGCGGCUAUUCAAAUGACUGUAAAAUCGAUGUAAAUCCUCUCAGAAGUGUAUGUGGUAUUUCCCAGAGCCAACUCUAAAAAUGAUAGAUAUGUGAAAAAAAAUGAAACUGCUAAAUUUAUAAAUGUGAAAAAAAUACAUUCAUGAAAUAAAACCUGGCUACAUAUCUUCCUGUAUUUUUGGUUAUGCUGCAUACAAAUCACUGCUGACAAGUGGGUUAACUAAUUUGUUAUUUUAUUUAUAUAUUUUUUCUUUUCCCUCUGGAGUGUUGAUAUUUCACUGAAAACAUUAAUGAGGUGAGCGUAGUUUUACCUGCUCGCAGUUACCAUUUUAACUGGCGUAGGUAUUCAGGUUAUUUUGUACACUUGAAUAGGGAAGUGAUAAAAUGAGCAGCUGAGGUGGGGUUGAGGUGUAGGCGAGCACAGUGUGCUGCUACUGGUGCUUCAGUGACCAGGUCACCCUGCAAGCUCUUCCUACAGUCUGCUGAACUCCAUUGGGAGAACAGGAAGUUAGAAUACUGGAAACGUCUGAGUUGAGCUGACCCACAAAGCUCUGCUUGGGGGGAUCCUGGCCAUGAGGUUUGAUGCUGACAAGAGACACUGGACCUAAAUGGCGCAGCAUGACUUUGUUCCUGCUUGGCUUAAUUUCUCCACAUCUCAGCAUUCAGCCAAGUCCUCUUCGACCAAUGACAAACACGGAGAUCAUUUUGCUCGGGGAGAUGGUCGAUUUGGUGUGAGUCGGAGAAGGCACAACUCUUCGGAUGGAUUCUUUAGUAAUGGUCUACUCAGAGCUGCUGGAGGUGUUCAAGUUAGUGAUGCUGGAAGCCAAGGUUGGAAGGAAAAUGCUGGUUGGCACAAUGUACCCAGGACUCACGAUGGUGUAAAUCAUCGCGGUAGCCAUCGGCACUGGAAUGGGAAUUUUCACAAUAGAAAAAGUUCAGCAUUCCAGGACAAGCCACCUUGUCAAGGAAGAGAAAAGGCUGAGAUCAAGGAAGAGAAAAAGGAGGAAAAGGAUGAAAAACUUCAGUUUGAGGAAGAAGACUUUCCUUCUUUGAAUCCUGAUGCAGAAAAACAACCAAGCCAGAGCAGACCUGUCAGCACACCUGCGGGAGUCUGGGAAAACCCUCCAAGUGCCAAGCAGCCGGUUUCCAAGAUGCUGGUCAUCAGAAAAGUUUUGAGAGACGAACCGAUAUUCUUAACUAGCUUUUCUUCCUCAGGAAACCAUCUCAUGAACAGCAACAAAAACACUGUAAGCCCAAGUGUUUACAAAAAUCUAAUACCCAAACCUGCCGCUCCUCCUACCAAGCCAGCUCCGUGGAAAGCCAGUGGAAGAGAGAACAAACCCGGCUUACUUUUCUCUGGCCAAGAUUCAGCAUUUACAAGUCCAAUAGCAAUGAUCAAGCCAUCAACACAGUCCAAUAGUUCUAGUCACAUCUCCCCAAAAGAGACUCCUUCAAGCACCACCCCUCCAAUGGAAAUGAAUGCAACUCGUCUGAUAAAAAUGACCCGAGUGAAGACAGACAAGAAGAGUGAGUUUUUGAAGGCCCUGAAAGAUGACCGGAACGGGGAAGUCUCAGAACACCGAGACUUUGACAAAUCAGAAGAAGAGUGUAUUGGCAAUACUCCUGAACCCAAGGAAAAUGGUGAAGAGAAUGGUAAUCAGCAUGGUCUCUCCUUCUAUGCAGCAGAAAAAGACUACCUUUCCAGUUCCCUUGAAGCAGAACACAGAUUACUGAAAGAAAUGGGUUGGCAGGAGCACCCUGAUAAUGAUGACAGCUUCUUGCCUCUGACAGAAGACGAGCUCAGAGAAUUUCAAGCUAAAACCAAGCAGUUGGAGAAAAACGGCUGUAGGAAAAAUGGUUCUCUGCUGAAGAACAGAUGUACAGCUUUGCAGUUCACCCAGUGGAGAGGCACCUUCAGCCCAGGGCUUCGCAAAGUCUCAGACUCUGAAACGAGCAGUAGCGACACUUCCGAUGAUGACGUCUAAAUCUGGUACAAGUCGAAUUCACACCACACAUUUCCUUAUAGCUGGAGGACUAAACUUACUAAAGCUCUUUUGGCACAGAGUUAUAUUUUUCCAUGCAACAAGGGAGUUGAUCACAGCCCCAAAGAAGAAGAUUUGCUUGUUCAGCUUUUUUUCUUUUUUUUUCUUAUGUUUUUCUUUUGACCAGCCGGUCCUGUUGAAUGCUUCGUAGAAUGAUAUGUACAUCAAUAAAGAAAUGGGGGCAAAGCACAUUCUGAGUAAUCAUUUGCAAGGAAAUAAAAUAAAAUGGGUAUCUUUUUGAAAGUAGCUUCAAAAAAAAACAUUUGCAAACAAUUAGUAGGAAUAGCUGUGUGAUAGAACAAGAAAUGUGAGAGACCAAUUUCCAAAUACUGAUGAUAAAUUGUCGAGAAUAAUGCUAAUUACAUCUGUUUUAUCAAUGUCAUGAAGUUCUGGGGAAAAAAGAGAAAUGCUUGUCGCCAGAAGUUUAUCUCCAUUUUUUUGGGUACAGUUGUAAAAUAUUCACAAUAGGAGUUUUGAGUUCUUCAAACAGCCUUGAUAUUCAGGGUUGAUUGUAAAAUAUAAAUUUUGUGAGAUUUCAAAGAUUAAGAUUAUUUUGAUAAUGUUAUUUACAAAUUUAAAGUGGCUAUCACAUAUGAAUAUCUGUAUGAGGAAAACUACUGCAUUAAAAUACCUUGGAAUAAAUAUUUUGCAUCAGUUUGCCAA